UAUGACAGCCUCCGUGCUCCUCCACCCCCGCUGGAUCGAGCCCGUCAUGUUCCUCUACGACAACAGCCUGGAUGAGAUCAAUAAGAACAUGGACGGGUUUCACGCCGGCAGCAACUUCGCGGCGGCGGCGGCGGCCAACCCCUGCCGCAACCUGAUGGCUCACCCCGCGCCCCUGGCCGCCCCCAGCGCCGCCGCCUACACCUCCAGCGAGGCCCCCGCCGCCGGCAUGGCCGAGCCCGCUGUCAAGCAGUGCAGCCCCUGCUCGGCCGCCGUGCAGAGCUCCUCCGGCGCCGCGCUGCCCUACGGCUACUUCGGCGGCGGCUACUACCCCUGCCGCAUGACCCACCACAACGCCAUCAAGUCCUGCGCCCAGCCCGCCUCCACCUUCGCCGACAAGUACAUGGACACCUCCGUCUCCGGCGAGGAGUUCACGUCGCGGGCCAAGGAGUUCGCUUUCUACCAGGGCUACGCCGCCGGGCCCUACCAGCCGGUGCCUGGCUAUCUGGAUAUGCCCGUGGUGCCCGCCAUCGGCGGCCCCGGCGAGCCGCGCCACGACCCCCUGCUCCCCAUGGACAGCUACCAGCCUUGGGCCAUCACCAAUGGGUGGAACGGGCAAGUGUACUGCCCCAAGGAGCAAAGCCAGCCGCCUCACCUCUGGAAAUCCACCCUCCAGGACGUCGUUUCGCAUCCCUCCGAUGCGAACUCGUACAGACGUGGGAGAAAGAAACGAGUGCCUUACACAAAGGUCCAGUUAAAAGAACUCGAAAGGGAAUAUGCUACAAAUAAAUUCAUAACCAAAGACAAACGGAGGAGGAUAUCGGCAACUACAAAUCUGUCAGAGAGACAGGUCACAAUCUGGUUCCAAAACAGAAGGGUCAAAGAGAAAAAAGUGAUCAACAAAUUGAAGACUACCAGUUAA